AACUCAACACAUAUAAGCUUCUUCCAGUUGGUUAUCCCCCACACCCCGCACACGAUCGCACACGAUCUGCUGCUAUACUUGUUCGCAAAUGGAUGAGAUAUCUACACGAUUUCAUACACGAUUUCAACAUCACUCAAUCAUGACUGCUCACAAUCAACUCCAUAAGGUUUGAAUUCAAUCGAUCCAAAUCAGUGCGUUUUGAUGUUAUACUUCUUUUCAAUUUCUAUACUUCUCGAUUCAAUACUUAGGGUUUUUCAUUUUAUAAACUCGUUUGCAAUCAUUGAUCUUCGAGUUAUCACUAGACUUGUUAGUUGAUUAGCGGAAGUUAGGGUUCCAAGGGUUUUGUAACAAAAUUUGGGGGUUUUUGAGACUGAAAUAUGCAAUCUAGAAGACACGAAGAUUUCGCUUCACAAUCGUCUUUUGAUAGGCGCGGUAGAGACAUGGAUAUCGGUCCAGAUGGCUAUAUUGCGAUGUCGCCUCGGUCGAUGAGGAGUUGGAGCCCUCGCAGAAUGGAGGCGGCUCCGGCGUACUCGGACCGAGCGUUGGCUGGUCGUAGGAGCAUCUCGUUAGAAAGGAGGAGAGCUUAUGAUGAUAGUGGUAGAGUUAUUAGAUCGAGGUCACCGGCUCCCGCGCACUCGGACCGAGCGUUGGCUGGUCGUAGGAGCAUCUCGUUAGAAAGGAGGAGAGCUUAUGAUGAUAGUGGUAGAGUUAUUAGAUCGAGGUCACCGCCUUAUAUGGAGGCGAAACGAGGACGGCCGUUUUAUAAGGAUGAUUGGGUUAGUGAUAGGGAUUUGCCGAGUCCGGAACGGCGGUCUAGGUAUGAGUUUUUCGAGCGUAUGGAUAGGGGUCGUGAGGAUGUUGAGUAUUCUCCUGCAAGGAAUGAGUUUGGUUAUGGACAUGGGUCGACUAGAACGGGUGUACGAGAUGUAAGAGAUGAUAAGUUUGAAGCUAGGAGGUUUGAUAGUGGUGUUCGUGAAUUACCAAGUCAGAAAUCAGCUGUUAUGGGUGGUCUAUACAAGUCCACUGGAGAUGUGGGACCCAUCUCCAAACCUGAACCAUCUGGGGAUCUAUCGUCAGCGCCGUUGAACAUUGGUUUAGGUCAGAUUGGGAAAGAAAGAGUUCAUUACCCUGAUGUUCGAGACGCGUAUUCAUUCGAUAAGUUCGCAUCCGUGAAGCAUUAUGCGGAUGAGGACAAAAUUAUGGCUCAUCCAACUCAUUCAAGGGACACCUCUUAUUCCAAUAUGACAGCAAUUAGGUCUAAAGAACCGAUUGGUGCAUCACAUUUCAAGGAUUACGCAAGAACAUCUCCAAGAAAGUCAAGGAUUGACCAGUUAGAUUAUCGAGGUGGGCCAGGUGGCAUGCCUUUACCUAGAGACAACUCUCCAUUGAACUCGAGGCAUAUGCCAGAGCCUUUACCUCACUCCAGAUAUGAACAAAGGCAGCAUUUGGACUUUCACCGAAACACUAUUGGCGUUAAUGAUGACAUGGCCCCAUACCGUGAGGAAAGAUUUAGUCCUCCAAGAACCGGGCAUCUUGACACUUUCCAUCUUCAUCCAAGAACACGUGAAAAAGAUGAAUAUUUAUACCGAUCUGAUGAAAUCUAUGAAAAGAUGGAUAUACAUGAGAGAGUGGUUUACAAUGGUAGAGAUGUAUUAAAACCGAAUAUGUUGGAUCGUGUUACACAUAGACCAGAAACUUCUGAUAUGGCUCACAGGAAUAUGAGUAGUAGACGGUCACUGGACCGUAUUCCUUUAACAAGCGCGCAUAACAUUGGGUUGAGCAGAUCACCAGCUGAAAAACGAGAGAGUGCACAGUAUCUCGAUACUGUUUCUAUUCAUUCCCGCCUCGGUAGGAAAGUUACGAGGGAAGAUGAAAUGCCAUACAUGGGUAUGGCACAAGUUCGUGAAACAGAACGUAGAUUGGAUUACGAUUAUGAUUAUAAUAGAGGUUUAAGUCCAGGAUCUCAUAAGGAAAGAAUGAAAAGCUUUCGAGGGCUUUUAUACGAAAGAGAACGCAAGAUGGAGGAACAUGAUCUUCCGUCAUACGACUCAUCUAGUAGAUAUCUGAAGAGGAAAGGCGCAAUGGAAGACGAAGAAGAUAGGAUUCAUUCUAGAAACAUGAUGAGUAGAUUGGACGCUGUUUAUAGACGGCACAAUCGAGACUUUAGAGAUGAAGAGUGGAUAGAUCCGGAUGCCGGGCGCUCACGUUUUUCUGAAAGGACACAGAAGGUGUAUGAUGAUGAUGAUUUCAUUUACGAUCCUGAUGAAUUCGUUUAUUAUUAUGAUCAUGAUCAUGAUCAUGAUCAUGGUCAUCAUAUGAGAUUACAUACAUAUGAUGAUAAGCAUGCAAAAGGUUAUCCAAGAUCCAGUGGUCGGGUCGGGUAUAACUCAUACUAUCCAAAUAGAAGAAAUGUUCUUCCCAGAUGGAAGAACGACAAGGAUGCUGACAUGUAUUCAAGUGCAACUGAGCAGCACGAACCGCAUGAAGAUACUAAGGAGUUCAAGCAGCUGGUAAAUGAUUACUUCUUGUCUUUUACAAAAAAGUUGAAUGAAAAUUCAGUUGUGAGAAGAAGAUACAUGGAGCAAGGGCGGGGAGGUAGCUUAUACUGCAUCGUUUGUGGCAGAAGCCUCUCAAAAGAGUUUUUAGACGCGCAACGGUUAGCAAUGCAUGCUUUUAUGUCACGCAAGGGUGGGUUGCGGGCUCAACAUUUAGGACUCCUCAAGGCAUUAUGUGUUAUGUUUGGUUGGAACAGUGUUCUUCCUUCCGAUACUCCUCGAUGGUUUCCCGAGACCCUUUCCACCACUGAAGCAUCCGCUCAAAAACAAGAUCUUAUAAUCUGGCCUCCAGUUGUCAUCGUUCAUAACAUCUCUAUUACUAGCAACAAUUCAAACGGUGAGGGACCCAUAACUGUAGAAGCACUUGGACAAUAUCUCCGAGGUGUGGGUUUAAGUGGUGGAAAAGUUAAACUCGGGAAGCCUGCAAACUGCAGCAUAAUGUUGGUGAAGUUUCUUGGGACAUUUUCUGGAUUACAAGAAGCUGAAAAGAUUCAUGAAUACUUUUUAAAGAAGAAACAUGGAAGGAAAUAUUUGGAGCAAACGAGUUCCAGCAAGGGGAAGAGCAACCACGAGGAAAGCGCAGAGAAAGAGGCGGAACGGGUGCUGUUCGGGUACAUGGGUAUUGCGGAAGAUCUGGAUAAAGUUGACAUUGAUACCAAACGGAAGUGUUCGAUUAAGAGCAAGAAGGAAAUUCAAGACAUAGCUGAUGCUCCUGUGAAACCUGGUGAGUAAGAAUAAUUAGAUCACGAGUUAGAAUUUUUUUUUUUUUUUUGUUUUUGAAAAGAUGUCUUUUUUAUAUGAUUAUUACUUCCUGCAAAUCAUACUCUAAUGUAAUGCUAAUGCGCUAUGCAUACUGUUAAUGUUUUGUUCGGUUUGAGACCUAUAGAUCUUUUGUUGAAGUUCAACCUCAGUUA